CGUAUGCUAUACAGUAUACAGUGUAUAGUACAGAGACCAUAAAAUGUUCAAGUUUUCAUUUAACUUUAGCGACUUUUGCAUACUCACAUCUGUUAAGUUUAGAUCGGGAAUAAUUUACGGUGUUUCACUGAAAUCAUGAUAAUUUUUUAGUUAUAAUUAUCACCGUAUAGUUCACAGUGAUUAAGGAUGCUCAGUGUGCAUCCGCGUGGUCUCUACCGUUGGAAUACGGUUGAUAUUCAAGGCCAAGAUGGAUUAUUCCAGCACGGCCGUGUGGUGAACGUGGUGUUUGAAGGUCUCGUGGUGGACUUUGACUGUCCCGGUCGACGGACGGAGCUGGUUUCUUUUGACGCGGCCUUUCACUGUUAUCGCGUGGGGGAGUACAUCCCGGGAGAUUAUCACAGCUGGUUAUACCGGUCGCCGACCGCAGUGCCAGUCAUUCCCCUCCCAGACGUUGAGAUUCUCGCGCGCGUGUCCCCCGAACAGCCGUGGAAAUGGUAUCCGGCGCGGUUAUCACGCAAGGAUGUUUUUUGGCGGCAGUAUGUGUUUGUGGAGAUCACCCUGGAUGAUACCGUGUUCCAGAAACUGGUUGGUUUGCACUGCGUGCGGGUUGUGUCAAGGCGGAGAUCGGUAAAGCCGGGGGAUUUCAUCGUUUCCUCAUUUACUGACACUUUUUGGGGCACGGGCAAUGCCCAAAUGCUGUUGAGUUUGUGGAAGGAGAGCCUGCAGAGGAUGGGCAUGGAACACGCUGCGGAUUCCCAUCCGCAUAUUUAUCCCGUGGGCUUCAGUACCGGAAAGCUGAUGUACUUGCAACCGGCCCACCAAAAGUUACUUGGAAUACUGGAAAUGGGUAAACUUAUCGUUGACGUCAAGAGGGCAAUGCAGUUGCGUAUAUCCACGGGAUGGACAUUUGGCGGUACCCACUGGAUUCCGGCCGCGAUUAUUUCCAACCACAUUAAUCGACAGUCGCCAGAUUCGCUGGCUUGGUUGCCGGCGAAUCUUCUCCAAGAAACUUUCCAGUAUUUGGACAGUAUUAAUCGCAUACAAUGUCGUCGGGUUUGUGCGGUGUGGGAUACCAUGGCCACAACCGGCGCCAACAACAACGAAGUGUGGGUGACCUUCACGACCGCCGAUUUGCGCUACGACAAAGAUUCGCUCGGUACCCAGCACGAAAAAUGGCGGCGUUCUGCGUACAUGGUUGGCUUGUGCUUGUGGAAAACUGUCACGGCAACAACGAAAUGGGUGAUUAUUACGAAUGCCAUGGAGGCGGCUGAUAUUCACUGGAGCCACUGUCCAUUUCUGGGAGACUGUCUGCGUGUAAUCGAAUUGGCUCGCCAAGAACAAUCGCAAAGCAGCCAGAAAGUGAAGCUUAUUCUGCAUCGAUUUCACUGGCGUCUGCAAGUGAUGUUGCACAUGCGUGCAUUAUCUUCGGCCGGUGCGGAUGCGGCGGCGGUCGUCCAGUCACUGACGUGGACAGACUGCAGGUGUACCGUGGGUAAUGAAGCUCCCGGUCAGCUUCUCCGCGGCGCACCCAUUGCAUCGGGCACUCUUGAGGUUGAUGCCGAUCGUCCAGAAUUUCUUCUCAAGUUGUAUUCCUUUCUGAAAAGCCAUCUCCCGGUCAGGGAAACGGAUUUCGCGACACUCCUUCCAUUUGCUGGGUAUCCGUAUUACUACGAGUAG